CCGGCGCCAAAUGCUUUAGCUGUGCGCGAAGGUCAAAGUAUGUUCCUCUACAAACAUGGCGGCAGCUUUAUGUCAGUGCUACCGGAAAUCAUGCAGGUAUUCAAGAAUCCUGAUUUCAUGGGGGAAUUCCUGCACAGGUGGAAUAAUCUUCCUAUUCUAUGGCAAACAAAAAAAACAGCUAAUAAGAACAAUGAAGCCAGGAAGGCAGCACUGGAGAGCCUGCUUGAAUUUGUAAAGACACAGAUCCCCACAGCAACAACCAAGGAUGUGAAUACCAAAAUUGUGACCUAUAGGGGAACAUACAGGACUGAGCGCAAUAAGGUCCUGCAAUCCAUGAGGUCAGGAGCAGCAGCAGAUACAAUUUAUAAGCCAAGUCUGUGCCAGGGAAUCUUUCAAGCCUUACCCCCCAGACAUCGCUCCAGCCUUCCCUGCAGCCAAGCUCGGCCUUCUUCGGAGGAACAACCUGAGUUCCUUGAGGAGCCUGAUUUGGCCAUAUGGAGCCAGGUAUGGAUGCCCACUGCAAAAAAGCUUGCAAAUUUCUGGCACGUUGUACCUUACAGCAGUAAUUUCACUACUCUGAUGUAUUUUCCUGCUCUACAGCUUAAACAGUGGCGAUACUAUUCCUCUCACAGUAGACGAGGAUUUCUAGCUGGGCUCCUUGACAAUGUUAAGCAAGAGCUUUCAAAAAACAAAGAAAUGGAGGAAAACAUAAAAAAAUUUCGAGAAGAAGCAAAGAAAUUAGAAGAAUCUGAAGCUCUGCAACAUGCUCGCAAGAAAUUUAAAACAAUAGAAUCAGAAACAAUGAAAACAUCAGGUGUUUCGAAGAAGUUUGGAGAGCUUUCUGACACCAUGAAGGAGAGCUUAGAUGACGUUACCAGGAGUGAUUUUGGUCGGAAGAUUCGUGAAGGGGUUGAGGAAGCAGCCAAAACUGCCAAACAUUCAGCUGAGUCAGUUACAAAAGGAGGCGAAAAGCUUGGAAAGACAGCUGCAUUUAAAGUUAUUUCUCAGGGAGUUGAAACUGUAAAGAGAGAAAUUGAUGAAAGCGUUUUAGUACAAACGGGGCCUUAUCGUUCACCUUCCAGAUUAAGAAAGAGAAAUGAAUAUUCUGGAGAGGAAUCCAAAGAAAAGAUUUUUGAAGCAAAUACGGAAGCACUGGGAGUUGUGUUGCAUAAGGAUUCUAAGUGGCACCAACAAUGGAAAGAUUUCAAAGACAACAAUGCAGUAUUUAACAGGUUUUUCGAAAUGAAGAUGAAAUAUGAUGAAAGUGACAAUGCAUUUAUCAGAGCUUCACGUGCCAUUACCGACAAAGUUGGUGAUCUGAUAGGUGGAAUGUUUUCCAAGACAGAAAUGUCAGAGGUACUGACAGAAAUUCUGAAGGUUGAUCCAAACUUUGACAAAGAUAAGUUCUUGCAACUAUGUGAGAAGGAUAUAAUACCAAACAUAUUGGAGGCUAUGAUCAGAGGUGAUCUUGAUGUUCUUAAAGACUGGUGUUAUGAAGCAACAUAUUGUCAGUUGGCACACCCUAUUCAGCAAGCCAAAUCAAUGGGCCUACUGGUUCACUCCAAGAUCCUGGAUAUUGACAACAUUGAUCUGGCAAUGGGAAAGAUGAUGGAACAAGGUCCAGUUCUCAUUAUAACAUUCCAGGCUCAAACCGUCAUGGUUCUCAAAAAUCAGUUAGGAGAGGUUGUGGAAGGAGACCAGGAUAAAGUUUUGCGUAAUGUGUACGUGUGGGCACUCUGCAGAGAUCAAGAUGAGCUUAAUCCGUAUGCAGCAUGGAGAUUAUUAGAUAUGUCCUCUUCUGCCUCUGAACAAAUCCUCUGAAAAUUUGCAACUUGCUAAAAUUAAACUGUGUUCCCAUUUAAAGAUGAUAUUUGGACUAAACCUAUAUUUUCUAAUUUCAAUAAAAGAACCUCACAAUUUUCUCCUGAA